GGGACCCCCUGGGAGGGUGGUGGGACCCCCGAGGGGGGUUUGGAGACCCGGGGGGGACUUCUGUGACCCCGUGGGCGGUUUUAGAGACCCCAAAGGAACUUUUAGGUACCCCAUGGGAGGAUUUUAGGGACCCCCUGGGGGGUUAGAGACCCUGUGGAGGGUUUUAGGGACCCCCUGGGGGGUUUAGGGACCCUGUGGAGGGUUUUAGGGACCCCCUGGGGGGGUUAGGGACCCUAUGGAGGAUUUUAGGGACCCCCUGGAGGGUUAGAGACCCUGUGGAGGGUUUUAGGGACCCCACAGGUGGUUUAGGAACCCCAUAGGAGGUUUUAGGGACCCCAAGGGAAUUUUUAGGGACCCCAUGGCAGGAUGCAGAGACCUCAGAGGGGGGUGCGAGGACCUCACGGGUGGUUUCAGGGACCCCCGGGGGGGUUUAGGGACCCCAAGGGAAUUUUAGGGGCCCCAAGGGGGGUUCAGGGACCCCACAGGUGGUUUUAGCGACCCCAUGGGGGGUUUUAGGGACCCCAAGAGAAUUUUUAGGGGCCCCAUGGCAGGAUGCAGAGACCUCAGAGGGGGGUGCAGGGAUCCCACAGGGAGUUUAGGGACCCUAUGGGAAGAUGGUGGGAUCCCAGAGGGGAAUUUAGGGACCCCCUGGGCGGUUUUAGGGACCCCAAAGGAACUUUUAGGUACCCCAUGGGAGGAUGCUGGGACCCUAUGGGCGUUUUAGGGACCCCCUGGGCAGUUUUAGGGACCCCAUGGGGGGCUUUAGGGACCCCAGGAGAAUUAUUAGGGAUCCCAUAGCAGGAUGCAGAGACCUCAGAGGGGGGUGCAGGGACCCCACGGGCGCUUUUAGGGACCCCACAGGGGGUUUAGGGACCCCAUGGGAGCAUGGUGGGAUCCCAGAGGGGAAUUUAGGGACCCCCUGGGCGGACUUAGGGGCCCCAUGGGGGGAUUCAGGGACCCCAUGGGUGGUUUUAGGGACCCCGAGGGAAUUUUUAGGGCCUCCCUGGGCUGACCCAGAGCCCCCGGGGGGGUCAGAGGGGCCCCCCCGCCCCCCCAGAGCCGCGGGGUGCAGUGACCCCCGGGGGACGGGGGGUCCCCUCCGUGUCCCGCAGGCGCGGGGGGUCCCAUGGCAGAGCGGGAUUCCCAGGAUCCGCAGGAUUCCCAGGAUCCGCGGGAUUCCCCGCUGGAGCGGGGCUGGCUCCUGUCGCCCCCCGGCCGCCCCUACCUGGAGUCGCUGCUGCAGCGGAACCGGCGGCGGGUGUUCGGGCUGCUGGAGCGGCCGGCGCUGCCGCCCCCCCUGGCCGUGCCCACCCUGCCCUACAAACUGUUCCUGGUGGGAAGAAGCGGCGUCGGGAAAAGCGCCCUGGUGGCAGCGCUGGCCGGGACCCCCCGGACCCCCCGGACCGCCGCGACCCCCGCGCACCACGAGACCCUCGGGAUCGAGGCCACCACGGUGUUCUGGCCGGCCCAGCCCCGGGGCAGCGCCCGGCCCGUCCUCUUCCAGCUGCACUUCUGGGACUGCGGGGACGGAGCCCUGAGGAAAUUCGAGCACCUGCUGCCCGCCUGUCGGGAGGAGCUGGACGCCGUCCUGGUGCUGUUCUCCUUCACCGACCGCGCGUCCUUCGAGGAGCUGCCGGCGCAGCUGAGCCGCCUCUCGGGGCAGGGGCUCGUCACCGUGGUCGUGGGCACCAAGUCCGACCUGUCCCCGCACGCGGCCGUGGCCGAGCGGGACGUGCGGGCUCUCGAGGCCGAGCGGGGGCUGCGGGUGCUGCGCGCGGGGGCGGCCCCGGGGGGGGCGCGGGCCGGGCUGGCCCGGGCGGCCCCGAUCCUCGAUUCCCUGGCGGAGCAGCUCUGGAAAAGGGACCAGGUCGCCGCGGGGGUGGCCCGGGGGGAGGAGGGGACCCCCCCCAGCUGAUCCCCCUGUCAGGGGGCGGCUCCGGGGGGAGGCGGGAGGAGAAAAGGUGCUUUUUGAGUAAAAUCUGUGUUUUCUAUGAAAAAUA